UCUCCAGUUCCACUACAAUGAACACUAAGAUCGUGUUGCUACUGUGUGUUGUGGCGGCGGCAGUUGCAGACAAGCGUCCCACCUUCUCCUACGCCGCCCCUAAGGAGUCCAUUGAGUCUGCGGAAGACUCGGAUGAGUCGACCGAAGCGAAGUAUAACUUUAAUUGGGCCGUGAAGGAUGACGACUCCGACAACGACUUCGGUCACCAGGAGUCCCGCGACGGUGACAACACCAAGGGGUCGUACUACGUGCAGCUUCCCGACGGUCGCCUGCAGAAGGUGACAUACUACGUGGACGGUGACUCAGGCUACGUGGCCGAGGUCACCUACGAGGGCGAGGCUCACUACCCAGAGUCUGAUGAGUCUGAUGAGUCUCUUGAGGCUCCCGUGUAUGCUCCAUCUAGGAGGUCUUACUUCGUCCCAGACUCUAAUGAAUCAAAAUAAGCGCUGAUGAUUACCAUAUCGAAGAUGACCUGGCAAUUUCAAGAUCUUCACAAGUUUCUUGAAGAUAUCAACUCCUGCAUUAAGACCUCACAAAGUGCUCCAAGUUGAUCACAAAAACGUCAACAUUGUCUUUCUCAACCCUCAACUCAUUUAACAAUUUGAUAUAACCUUCAAAUUUGUUAUUUCUUUUCUAUAUAAUCUUUCUAUAUCUACUUUUGUGUAUAAAUUAUUGAGAUUAAUUAAUAUUUAUUUAUUUUUAAUAAAUCUGUUGAAUGAAUA